GCUUCGUGCUCCAGUACUCGGUGGACAACAGCGAGGAGUGGAAGGACGUGUUCAUCAGCUCCUCCGAGCGCUCCUUCAAGCUGGAGAGCCUCAAGUGCGGCACCUGGUACAAGGUGAAGCUGGCGGCCAAGAACAGCGUCGGGGCUGGCCGGAUACACGGGAUCAACAAGACCCACGGCAGAGAGCCCUCCUUCAGCAAGGACCAGCACCUCUUCACCCACAUCAACUCCACGCACGCCAGGCUGAACCUGCAGGGCUGGAGCAGCGGGGGGUGCCCCAUCACCGCCAUCGUCCUGGAGUACCGGCCCAAGGGCAACUGGGUCUGGCAGAGCCUCCGCACCAACAGCUCCAGCGAGGUCUUCCUGACGGAGCUGCGCGAGGCCACGUGGUACGAGCUCCGCAUGAAGGCCUGCAACAGCGCCGGCUGCGGCAACGAGACCACGCAGUUCGCCACGCUGGACUACGACGGCAGCACCAUCCCCCCUAUCAAAUCCGCGCAAGGGGAGGGUGACGACGUGAAGAAGCUCUUCACCAUCGCCUGCCCGGUGAUCCUGGCCACGCUGGGAGUCGCCCUGCUCUUCAUCAUCCGCAAGAAGAGGAAGGAGAAGCGGCUGAAGAGGCUUCGAGAUGCCAAGAGUUUGGCUGAAAUGCUGAUCAGCAAGAACAACCGCAGCUUUGACACGCCGGUGAAGGGGCCCCCCCAGGGCCCGCGACUGCACAUAGACAUCCCUCGGGUGCAGCUCCUCAUCGAGGACAAGGAAGGCAUCAAGCAGCUGGGGGACGACAAAGCCACGAUCCCGGUGACCGACACGGAGUUCAGUCAGGCGGUGAACCCCCAGAGCUUCUGCACGGGCGUCUCGCUGCAUCACCCCGCUCUGAUCCAGAACACGGGGCCCCUCAUCGACAUGUCGGACAUCCGCCCCGGCACCAACCCCGUGUCAAGAAAGAGCGUGAAGUCGGCACACAGCACCCGCAACCGGUACUCCAGCCAGUGGACCCUCACCAAGUGCCAGGCGUCCACCCCUGCGCGGACCCUCACCUCUGACUGGAGGACAGUGGGCUCCCAGCACGGCAUCACGGUCACCGAGAGCGACAGCUACAGCGCCAGCCUCUCUCAGGACACGGACAAGGGGCGGAACAGCAUGGUGUCGACAGAGAGCGCCUCGUCCACCUACGAGGAGCUGGCGCGCGCCUACGAGCACGCGAAGCUGGAGGAGCAGCUGCAGCACGCCAAGUUUGAGAUCACCGAGUGCUUCAUCUCCGACAGCUCCUCCGACCAGAUGACCACCGGCACCACCGACAACGCCGACAGCAUGACCUCCAUGAGCACCCCCUCAGAGCCGGGCAUCUGUCGCUUCACAGCCUCCCCGCCCAAACCCCAGGACAGCGAGCGGGGCAAGAGCGUGGCCGUGCCCAUCCCGCACCGCGCCAGCAAGA